GUCGACGAACUAGAAGAUGAAACAAUUGAAAUUACAGACUAUGGCAAGCAUACGUUUGAGUUUUACUACUAUAGCGAAGAACAAGACUCUUUCUACUUUUAUACCGGCGUAAACUAUAGGAAAUUACAAGUAUAUUUUACUAAGGCGGGCUAUGCUUAUGUAAACACUAGAGAUACAGAUGGAAAAUACGUUCAAAUACUUCUUAACAAAUUCAAGAAGCUAUAUGGCAUACCAUUUUAA